AUGAUCCAAAUCAAAAGGAUUUGGCCAUUAUUGGCAAUUGCCUGUUGUGUUUUGGCUGAUACUGAUGAAGACAGCAUGGAGGGUAUGGGUGACCGUGUCGAAUUCCACCCUAUUAAUGCUGGCUCAAAAACAUUCCAUUGGAUAUGCUCUCUAGCAUUGUUAUUGGUGCUACCUUCAGUUUCUUCGGUGUUGGCAUUUGCGGACCGGUUACAUUGGUCUUUAGUGUUUCAGUUUGUUUCAACAGCGUACUCUGUCUUCGAAAGCCUCUUUCUUGAUUUUCCUGACAAUAAUAACCAUGAGAAUCGUACGUCGAAAGGUACGAGCUGGUUCUUGAGCAUUCUAUUUGGAGCUACAGUAUUUAUUGGAAGUCUAAUUAACGGUUCCAAUAUGGUCAUUAAUAAAUUUUACCCACAUCUCGGCUCUAAGUCUCUGACUGGGUGGUCUUACAAGGCAUAUAAGGCACUUUCUGUCUUGGUCGUUUUAACUGGUUGGGUGAGGGUCUGUAUGGCACCUGUUGCGUUGUUCGGCUUUUGCUACGGAAAGCAUACUGGUCAAUGUAUAGCUCAUGGAAUUAUGGGGCUGGCUUUUGUUGGCUAUUCUUUCGUUUUGAGUCUUGUCUUGGUAAUACCCUGGAUCAGGAAACACCAUUUGGUCGAUAAUAGUAACCCAAAUGUCAAGUCUCAGGAGUUCUAUGACUCGUUCUUGAUGUGUAUUUGGGGCAUUGUGAACACUUUCACAGAGCAUAGGUGGGGCACGGAAGAUUGGUCUAUGGGUGAUUACCAACACACGGCGAUGGGUAUAAUAUGGUGGGCUGGUGGUCUAUUGGGUAUUUUUCUAGCUAGAAAACGUAACAGGACCUUCAUCCCAGCCUUACUUUUAAUAUUCACCGGUUGGUCUAUGUCUCAACAUGUUCAGCAUCUGCAAAUAUCAACCAAAGUUCAUGGUGUUUUCGGAAUUGCUCUAAUGGCCGCUGGAGUUAGCAGAAUAAUUGAAAUUCUGAUGCUCUUGAAAGACGCUCCGUGCAGUGAAAAUGGAAAUAUACUCGCCUUCCAAUACCUUCCUCCAUUUUGCUUGACUUUGUCAGGUAUUAUGUUCAUGGCUGCAAAUGAGGAACAACUUAUACUCGUAUCGCAGUUGGGGUCUGAUCAUUCGGCUUACGUAUUGGUAGUAUCAGCAGCAGCUUUUACAAUUUACUUAUGGUUACUUUUACUCCUAACAUUUUACUUGAAACUAGUGGGUUAUGAUUUUGACGGUAGACUUGGCUUUGAAAGUGACUAUGAUCAAGUUGGCAGCAACGUAGCGGAAGAGUUCGAGCUUGGGGACUUAAGUGAUGAAGAGAGAGAACAAUCAUAA